AUGCCCGGAGCCGGCACUCUCUCGACAGUAUGCUUCAUUCUGUCAGGUGACCGCGACGAGACUACCGCCAGGGCUCUAACUGACCCAUUUCGAAAUGUCCUUCAACGCGGCAACAGAGACAGAUUCUUGCUUGCUUGCAAAAGAUUAGUUAAAUGCUCCGGCGGCAUUGAGGUCAACUUUGACGAAAGGGUCAAACUGAUCCAGAAGCUUAAGAAUGCUAUUGGCUAG